AUGGGUAAUCAGGGAUUAACGCCCAAUGCAGCUAGUGAUUUUGCCGAUCGGAAACGCAGUAUGAACAAAGUCUACACUGACGUCAAGCAGCGAAAAGUAUUUCCUUCUCCACAAGACUACAAGUCGUCAAUCACCAAAAAUAAUGAUAUUGACGCUAAGCGGCAGUCUCGGCAUGCUAUUAAUGAAAGUGGUCAAUUCGGGUCAAACAGUACAUUUUAUGGAUCAGCUUCUAAAUCGCAAGGACCAUGCUUGGUAACAGAGAGGGUGUCCCGCCAGCUACGUCCAGUUUUCAAAGAAGCAGCUGAAGCUCUUCAGAAGUACGUCACGGAACACUCACGUAAAAACUAG